UGUUGAAAGAGUUGAUAUUUUGGUUUAUCAAGUUAAGGGAAUUUUAUACAACUUUCUUUAUUCCAUUUAUAAACAUUACAAAAAAGAGGACGGAUCAAACACUGGUGCACUGCAAUCUGCAUUAGAUCUUCCCUGGGAGCUUAUUAAAUCUCUCAUGAAUGAUCUUAUUCGAACCUCCACCCGAGAGAGAGAGUGGCAGAGUCCGUCGUGAAGGCAGGAGAAAUGGCGGAAUCUCGCUUGGUAGAACACAGAAGCGGCUUCUGCCCCUCGGAUUGCAUCUUUUACAGCAAACGGAAGCCCGUCGCCCUCCCCAUGGAGGAGCAUCUGGACGUCGCAACCUUCGUCUCCUCAUUCCCCCACUCCGGCGACGUCGCCCUCAUCGACGCCACCACCGGUGAAAAGGUCACCUACCCUCGACUCUGGUCCAUGGUCCGGUCCCUCGCCGCCGGCCUCUCCUCGCUCGGCGUCCGACGGGGUGACGUCGUCCUCCUCAUCUCCCCGAACUCCGUCCUCUUCCCCGUCGUCUGCCUCGCCGUGCUAUCCCUCGGUGCUGUCCUCACUGCCGCCAACCCCCUGAACACCACGCAAGAGAUCCGGCAACAAGCUUCCGACUCCCGCCCGGUCCUCGCCUUCACCACCCCCGACUUCCUUCCGAAACUCGCCGGCCUCGGCCUGCCGAUCGUCCUGAUGGGUCGUUACUCGCAUGGUGGAGGCCGCCUGGACGUGAAGGUUGCGGCUACAAUGCAGCAGCUCGUCGAAGCGGGGCCGACGCCGACGGAGGGUCUGAGGGAUGCUGUCCGGCAGGGCGACACCGCGACAUUGCUGUACUCUUCCGGGACCACUGGGCGGAGCAAAGGGGUCGCCUCGUCUCACCGGAGCCUCAUGGCGACGGUCAUCAUGGUGAUGCAAAGAUUCCGAUUGAACGAGGGCGCGCAGACGUUCCUCGGUCGGGUGCCCAUGUUUCACGUCUACGGCCUGACGGUACUAGGGCUGGGGGCGCUGGCGUCCGGCUCGACCGUCGUCGUCGUCUCGGAGCCCGGCCUGGAGUCCAUCGCCACCGCAAUAGAGCGCUACGGGGUGACGUACUUUCCGCUGGCGCCGCCGCUCGUGGCGGCGCUAGCCAAGAGCCCAACCCUCGACCUCUACGAUAUGAGCUCGCUGCAGACGGUUCUGUGCGGCGGAGCGCCGCUCAGCGAAGACGUGGUGCAGGAAUUCGAGGCCAGGUUCCCGCAGGUGGCGCUGCUGCAGGGCUACGCCAUGACCGAGACGACGGGGACGGGGUCAUCAACCGACACGGUGGAAGAGAGCAAGCGGAUCGGGAGCUCCGGGUUGCUGUCGCCCAACAUGGAGGCGAAGAUUGUGGACCCCGAGACUGGCAGAGCGCUGGCGGAGAACGGCAGAGGCGAACUCUGGCUGCGGGGGCCAUGCAUCAUGAAAGGUUACCAUUCGAACCCGGAGGCCACGAAGCUGACACUAGAUGAGGAAGGCUGGCUUAAAACCGGGGAUCUCUGUUUUAUCGACAACGAUGGCUACUUGUUCGUUCUCGACAGGCUCAAAGAGUUGAUCAAAUAUAAAGGUUUUCAAGUUCCUCCCGCGGAGCUGGAGGCGCUGCUCCUUUCCCAUCCCCAAAUAAUUGAUGCAGCUGUCGUACCGUUCCCAGAUGAAAUAGCAGGGCAGAUUCCUUUGGCUUAUGUUGUAAGAAGAGAAGAAACUGAUGUAUUAUUAGAAGAUGAAGUCAUUACAUUCAUCGCAAAGAAGGUUGCACCAUACAAGAAAGUUCGAAAAGUGUCGUUUGUUGGCAGCAUACCGAGGACUCCAUCCGGAAAAAUAUUGAGGAAAAAUCUCAUCAAGAUUGCAACUUCUUGUCUCUGACUGAAAAUCGACGUAAUUUUCAGUGGGGUGAUUUAUUUAUCUUUGCACGAUAAUUUUUCAUAAAUAUAUGUCACAAAUAUGUGUGAUGAAAUAUUCUGUAUCCAAGGGCCUGCCCCUUCCUGGGGCCAAGUGGAUUCCGUAGUGUUGAUACAGAGUGACGUUGAAGUUCAAUUGGAUUUUCUAGUCCCUUCCAGUUUCUUGUGACAAACCAUAACCUAAUUACAAGCUCACUUCUAUCUUAAA